AUGAGUCUGAAGGACAGGCAGACAGAUGAUCUGAGAAAUAUUUUAAGGGCAGAAACCAUCAAUCGCAACCGCUUGGUGCAAAAACUAACAGAUAUCUCUAGGACUGGCUGGAUAGUUAAUAUUAAAACGUUUAUUAAGGAUCGACAACGAAUUUGUGACGGCAAUUGUAGAAAUGUCUUUUUAGAAUCUCAACUAUUCAAGGCACCUCCCUGUGAUAUUCACGCAUUCUGUACAAAUUGCUUAUUCUACCACAUUGAAUCCAAGUUAAUUGCAGACCCCUUCCAUCUUGAGCACCUCUACUGCUCUAAAUGUGAACUAGAAGGAAAUCUUGUCCAAAUAAGCCCAGAAAUAAUUCAAGGAAAUUUUAACAUUCAGUAUUAUCAAGAUAUUUAUAGACAAAAGCAACAAGAAUACAUGAACUCUGAGAUGCCAAGACGAGACCCUAUACCAUUUGCGGCGACACCAAUCAUCGGGCUCCAAACUAUACAAAACGAUAUAAUGAUAGGAGAGCCAGCUGUGAAUUCGCAGCUGAGUGAUCAAAGUAGCGGUGCAACAGCAUUUAGGAGAUGCUUUGAAACAUUAAAUACAAUAAAAAAUAAUGUCAGGAUUAGAAUAGAAUCUACUGAGGAAAUUAUAAACCCAAAAGCGAAGCAUGAAUUUCUCGAAUUAAAAAUAUUGGCUCAACGGACCUCCUAUAGAGCAAUUUCUGAAUUUAUGGACCAUAAUAGUGCUCUUACAAUUGCUUAUUCGAAUUUUAACCCAGAUGGUGAAACUGGAUUUUAUAAAUUUUUAAAAAAAAUCAGCCAGCCUCCAUCCAAAGACAAAAGCUAUUUUAUAGAGUGUGAAUUAUUAACUGAAGGCGAUAUUAUUACAGGAAAGCCUAAAAAGGGGGACGCAGGCAAGACAGAACACCCAAAAAUAUAUUCAGAUGAUGAUUUUUAUUAUAUUUCCAAGCACGAAGCCAUUUUAAGUCUUUGUAUUGCCCACACUGAAUAA